ACUGCUCCCCCGUGGCGGCGCUCGGCCUCGCACUUCCGGCAGGAGAAUCCGGGCCUGGAGCGGCCGCGGCCGAGCCCAGAUCCGUCUUCUGAAAAUCACGUGCCCUUUCUUGCAUCGAGCCAUCAAACCAUACAGGGAACGCACAGUGUGCCAGCCUCAGCCCUGGGAUCCGGCGAGUCGUGUACACAGUUGAUCAUGGAGAGGGUCGGCUCGGGCCACCAGCCCCUUAGGUGAGGACAGAGUCUGGGGCUCAGGGGGACGCUUCCCGAUCAUGGAGGCAGCGAGAGCGCCAACCAGGAGACGCGCUUGUUGAAAGUCGCGGGUCCAGCUCGGCUGGCCCUUCCUGCGGACCCUGCGAGCAUCUUCAGGAGAGGUCCUCCCCCACUGACCAGAGCCGGGGAGCUGCAGCUUCCACGGAUGGGGAGGUGGACCCUCGACGUGGCCUUCGUGUGGAGGGCGGUGUUGACUCUGGGGCUGGUCCUUCUCUACUACUGCUUCUCCAUCGGCAUCACCUUCUACAACAAGUGGCUGACCAAGAGCUUCCACUUCCCCCUCUUCAUGACCAUGCUGCACCUGGCCGUGAUCUUCCUGUUCUCUGCCCUGUCCAGGGCCCUGGUUCAGUGCUCCAGCCACAGGGCCCGCGUGGUGCUGAGCUGGGCCGACUACCUCAGAAGAGUGGCUCCCACAGCACUGGCAACGGCGCUUGACGUGGGCUUGUCCAACUGGAGCUUCCUCUACAUCACCGUCUCACUGUACACGAUGACCAAAUCCUCGGCUGUCCUCUUCAUCCUGAUCUUCUCUCUGAUCUUCAAGCUGGAGGAGCUGCGUGCGGCGCUGGUCUUGGUGGUUCUUCUCAUCGCCGGGGGCCUCUUCAUGUUCACCUACAAGUCCACACAGUUCAACGCUGAGGGCUUUGCCUUGGUGCUGGGUGCCUCGUUCAUCGGGGGUAUUCGCUGGACACUCACCCAGAUGCUCCUGCAAAAGGCGGAACUUGGGCUCCAGAACCCCAUUGACACCAUGUUCCACCUGCAGCCACUCAUGUUUCUGGGGCUCUUCCCUCUCUUUGCCGUAUUUGAAGGUCUCCAUUUGUCCACAUCUGAGAAGAUCUUCCGUUUCCAGGACACAGGGCUGCUCCUGCGGGUACUUGGGAGCCUCUUCCUUGGCGGGAUUCUCGCCUUUGGUUUGGGCUUCUCUGAGUUCCUCCUGGUCUCCAGAACCUCCAGCCUCACUCUCUCCAUUGCUGGCAUUUUUAAGGAAGUCUGCACUUUGCUGUUGGCAGCUCAUCUGCUGGGCGAUCAGAUCAGUCUCUUGAACUGGCUGGGCUUCGCCCUCUGCCUCUCGGGAAUAUCCCUGCACAUCGCCCUCAAAGCCCUGCAUUCCAGAGGUGACAGCGGCCCUAAGCCCCUGAAGGGGCUGGGCUCCAACCCCGACCUGGAGCUACUGCUCCGGACCAGCCAGCCGGAGGAAAAGGACAACGAGGAGGAGGAGGGGUACUUUGUGGCCCAGGGGCAGCAGUGACCAGCCAGGGGACCAGCUUGGAAGCAGGCUGCUCCCCAACCUUCACACCUGUCGGCAGCCUGGGGACCCGGGUGGCUCCUCCCAGCCACUGGGGAGCAGCAGGCCGGGGUCUCCCAGGCUGGGCCUCGAGAGCAUGUGACCACGUGGUGGGCCAGGGCAGGGAGCUGGUCAAACAGGGGUGAGCGCCAGGCCAGCCUCAGACCUGGCCGGAGCGGGGCCCAAGCGGUGCUGGCGUCGCAGCCACUUGCCAGGCUCUGAGAGCCAAGGUGGUGAUUUCAGAGGUAUAACGCGUUUGGACUGCGGGGCAGUUAGGAAUGGGAGAUGGAGAAGAUGGGGCCUCAUCGCCUGGAGAGCAUAUUUUCUCAGCAGAUCUAUUUAUAGUUUGGAAAUAAAGGGUUUAAGGUCCGCUGGCCACCUUGUGUUGCCUGGAGGUAUGGGGGCAGGCAGGGCGGCGUGAGCCUGGCCUCUCCCCUCCUUUCCCUGCCUGGGGCCUUCCUGGGGGGACCGGUCGUACUCCAGACCUCCCAUGUCUCUCGUGCUCUUGUUGGAGCCCCAGUGCCCUCUCUUAGGGCCCCACCACACCUGCAGGCAGGAAAAAAUAGGUACUGAGUUUCAUAUUCUGGGGACUUUAACGCUUUCACAGCCUGAUUUGAAUAUUGACUCUGUCACUUACUAGCUGUGUGACCUUAAGCAAAUUACCUAACCUCUCUGUACCACGGUUUUUUCAUCUGUGAAAUGGGGAUAAUUAUCUCAGAGUUGUUCUGCGGAUCAAGUCAAUAUUGGUAACAUUAAAUGUCAUUUAAGUA